AUGUACCCGACUCUCCUCCUCCUCCUCGCCCUCCCCUUCUUGGCUCUCGCACAGAGUUCGAAUACGAAUUCCAACAGUGCCAGCCAGACAGCCAGCAACACAGCCAGUGCCAGUAACACCGCGUCUGCAAAUGCGACCACAAGGGCCCCGACAUCCACCCAGUUCACCACCAUCGUAUCCACUUCUCUCACCACAUUCGUCGGUGUCGUAACAAGCGGAGGCAAUCGGAUCGAAACCACGAUCGUGUCCUCAUCAGUCUUCUCCACCGUGCAGCCGGUGUCGACUGGCAAUUCAACUGCAAACAACAGCUCCUCGUCCUCCUCGUCCUCUACAACAACAACGCCCAAAAAUCUCCCUACAGCACCAGCAGAUGUGAACGGGGGUGGAAAGGGUGGGGCGCCAGUGCCGGGAGCGAAGACACAGAACGGGGCCUAUGGGCCAGACGACAACUACAUUGCGGCCGCAACAGGACUUGCGGCGCGGGCGAUGGUUGCGAGCGCGGUGGUUAUUGGAACACACAACGGCACUUUUCACUGCGACGAAGCCCUCGCAGUCUUCCUUCUUCGACAGACAUCCACCUACCGCGAUGGAGACCUCAAGCGCACUCGCGAUCCCGCCGUUCUCGCUACCUGUGACAUCGUUGUAGAUGUUGGCGCCGUCUACGACGAAUCCAAGCAAUUGUUCGACCAUCACCAGCGUGGAUUCACAGAGGUUUUUGGGCAUGGAUUCGAAACAAAACUGUCCUCUGCAGGUCUUGUUUACAAACAUUUCGGCCAAGAAGUCAUUGCCAACAGAAUCCAGGCUCCUCUUGCCGAUCCCAAAGUUAACACUCUCUGGUUGAAGAUGUACAAAGAGUUCAUUGAAGCCAUCGAUGGCAUUGACAACGGGGUUUCUCAAUAUCCCAACGACAUCAAACCCAAAUACCGUAGCCGCACCGACUUGUCAAGCCGCGUUGGUGCUCUCAACCCUUGGUGGAAUCAGCCUAGUGAUAGCCAAACCAUGGAUGCAAGUUUUCUUAAAGACGUCCAGAGUACUCCAAUGCUCUUCGAGAAAGCAUCCCAACUUACAGGGCAAGAGUUUACAGGCAAGCUGGAUUACUACGCAAAUGCAUGGCUUCCGGCGAGAGAUCUUCUCGUUGAUUCGGUUACGUCUAGCAAGGCAAAAGUCGACCCCACAGGCAAAAUUAUCCUUUUCGAGCAAUUCCUCCCUUGGAAGGAACACUUGUUUGAGUUAGAGGCCGACGAAUCGGUUCCUGCAAUUAAGGCCAACCAGGCCAUAUAUGUUGUUUACCCUGAUGAAACGAGUCAAAAUUGGCGCGUCCAGGCUGUUCCCCUCUCCCCGGAGAGUUUUGAAAGUCGCAAGGCCCUGCCUGAAGUCUGGAGAGGUUUGAGAGAUGAAGAACUUUCCAAGGCUUCCGGUAUUGAAGGUGGGAUCUUCAUUCACGCAUCCGGUUUCAUUGGUGGAAACAAAACCAAGGAAGGUGCUUUGAAAAUCGCCCAGGCUGCCCUUGAGAUGUGA